ACCAUGAAAUAGAUCUAAGCUUCUGCAUACAUAGUUCAGAGUUUGGAGGAAGAAACUGCCAACCAAUUGUACUGGCAAAUGUGUCAACUGCUUCAAUACAUUUAAUUAUUUGUUUUUCCUUAGGCUUCUUAUUCACCCAUCAAUCUGCAUUCAGCUUUACUUGAUAGCUUUUUACAUUUUAUUUUAUUAAGAAAAUUGCCUAUGCCGAUAUGCAAAUAUAAAUACCAACUUCGUGCGAUAAGUGUUUUUGUGCUUUGUACAAUAUUUAGUGCACAAGCGUCGUGUGCCUUUGACGCUUCUACACAAUUUGGUUUAACCCACGUAGACCGCAUAAUCUCAAAUGUACAGCAGCGUCAACUGUUGUAGGGUGUUUACGGUAAUAUCUCCAGCGUAGUCCGGAAGCAAACACUUAUGUACCGGGUGCUGCACUGCAGUUUGAUAGUGUAUAUAGUCGAUUCGAACGUAAACCCCUUUUAUUUGAACUGAAGUCGUUAUUUUAUUAGAAUUUAAUUAUAGAUAUAUUUAAACCGAUACUGGUAGGUUGCAUUAUAAUGUCGUACAGCAGGAAGUCUAGCUGCGUUGCGUUCCAGGCACAGUUAUCUCCAAUCCUCGAGAUAUUAGCCCAGACCGCGGUGGCAGAAAUUAAUAAAAUCGUCGACGAUGGGACCGCAGUUUUACGUCUGGAAAUGUCUCAAAAUCAAAGGGAAAUUGAAACUCUGAAGAGAAAAGUACAGUCACUGGAGCGCGAGUUGUGGACGACGCGAAGGACCGCAGAAUCACGAGUACACCCGCCGCCUGUUAGUGUUCCGAUUUCGGAUGAAUUACGACGAACUAAAAGAGAGAGAGUCUUUCGGCAGGAGUUGAUCUUCAGUCUGAGAAGAGAUGGAGAACCUGCAGGUGUGGAGGAGGGAGACACACCUUUACAGUCCAGCAUCUUGAGGAACGAGUCUGCGAACAAGGAGAAGGUCAGGACUGAACCAGUUCUUAUCAAGCAGGAGAAACUGGAAGAGGAUUUGUGUUACAGUGACCCACAUCCCACACCUGUAGAAGAGGAACAGGUAAUACAGCCCACACCAGUAGAAGAUGGGAAGAAACCGGACACAGAGCCCACACCUGUAGGACACCCAGAGGAGCUGAGUGAGCAGCACAGGUGUGGACACGGUGAUGAGGAGCUCAGUGGACUGAAGUUUGUGGGGAAGGCAGAGCAAGAGGAAGAGCAUGUAGCCCAGAGACUCAAUCAGACAGGAUGUGAACCCAGUGCAGAAGGACUCAACAAUCUGGGCUCUGAGUAUGUAAUGUAUGAGAGAGACAGUCAGCUGUGGACUUCCUUUACCCAAGAGGACAGUGACAUAGAGACUGAUGAUCCAGUUUGUUCUAAUGCUACAGAACAUUUCUCACAGAAUCUAUUAAAUCACGCACAGCUACAACAUGCUCCUGCCACCAUGGAAGUCUCUGGAAACACACUGCCCUCUUUUGGGGCUUCAUAUGUUGAGGAGUUUGAUCAGAUGGGUGAGAAGCCGUCUGCUUGCAGUGAGGAGCUCAGAUCAGAGGCCAUUCACACACAGCAGGGUCAGUACAGAGAGAGACUUGAGCACACAGUGGAGAGAGAGAAUCAGACAUUACUGCCCCAGCAGCAGCAACAUGGAGCCUCAGUAAAACACAUGAGAGGCAGUGAGAGCCCAGCCCAGCCACACUCAGGCUCUCAGUAUGAGACCAGCUCUACUCUGAGUGCCAGGGUUUUCAACACUGGGAAGAUGGGCAAGACUGAUGGACAAGCUGACUUUGGAAAGAAACUAUUUAUUUGCACAUAUUGUGGGAAAAGUUUUGAUCGCUGCAGCCAUCUCAUCUCGCAUCACCGAAUUCACACAGGAGAGAAACCGUACAGCUGCACACAGUGUGGGAAGUGCUUCAGUCUCAAAGGUAAUCUUGUAAAACACGAGAGGGUUCACAGCGGAUAUAAACCAUUUGGCUGUGCACUGUGCCUGAAGAGAUUUGCUCGGGGAGCUAACCUUAGAGCGCACCAGAGGAUUCACACAGGAGAGAGACCGUACAGCUGCACCCAGUGCGGGAAGAGUUUCACUCGCCAGCGAAACCUUGUGGUGCACCAGAGGAUUCACAGGAGUGAAACCAUACAGCUGUAACUUGUGUGAGAAUAAAUUAUUUAAAACUUUUUUUUUUUUUUUAUGUAAGAGCUAUUCAAACUCAUCAGAUUCCACUGUUGAAACGCAUACAGCUUCAAUCAAAGGGGUUUAUUACUAUUCUGUGUAUUAGCUAUGUAGUUUCAAUUAACAUCUUCUCCCAAAGUCAUUAAACACAUGACAAACAAGCAGCAGUCCUUCACUUUGUGUGGCUUUAAUAAAAUUUUUUAAGUGCAGUUUUGACUUUUUUUUUUUUUUUUGUUUCGUUUGAGCUGAACAGAAGACCGAAGGCACCAGAGGCAGAAAUCACGCUUGCACCCUGUCAUUCUUGCAACCCUGUUGCUAUACUGCAGUUUUUACACUCAUUGGAUUGCACAAUGAAAUAUUCCAAGCAUGUUACAUAUGACCUGGCAACCACACAUUUUGGGGGAACAUUGUGGAGGUAUUGUAACAUGAUGUUGUCCAUAUCUUUAUUCUCAUUAUAUUUCUUUUUAUACGUACAUAAUCAGUGAGCACUUAUUUUUUCAACUUAUUGGUCUUCUUCUGCUGUAGCCUAUCCACUUAGAGGUUUGAGAGACAAGCCACCUUGUCUGGCACCAACAAUCACUCCACGGUCAAAGCCACUUAGAUCACACUUCAUCCCCAUUCUGACAUUUUGUCUGAAAAACAGCUGAACCUCUUGACCACGUCUGCAUGCUUUUGUGCAUUUAGUUGCUGCCACGUGAUUGGCUGAUUAAAUAUUGGCAUUAACAAGCAGGUGUACCGGUCUUCCUAAUAAAGUGCUCAGUGAGUGUAUAUGUAUGUGUUCUGUCCCAAUCGCAUUGCUUCUAUCCUUUUUUUUUUUUAUGAGUGUGUGUGUGAAUGUGUGAGCCGAAUACAAACUCACACAGGCCGGAGAAUUCCGGCUCCAACCGGCUUUGAGUAAAGAUUACAAAAGGGAGGAUGAGAAGUUGCUUCUUUGUCAUCGAUUGAGGUAGUUGUCAUUGGAACUGGCACACACAUUUGCGCAGUCCCUCCUGCUGGGUACAAAGAACCAGUAUGUAUUAUGCUUCUUUAUCACGGCGUUGACUGUAAGCAGGUGCAGUCCUAAGCAGAAAUAAAGCAGAAGUACAGACCCC